AUGGAGGGACUGGAAAAGGCACCCACAUCUGUCCACAGGAGCAACACCGCCCCUAUUCGUCAACAGAGAUCUAAGAAAACCUCCCCCGACUCGUCUGCAAACCCCAUCACCACGACCGCGGAGACCGACCGCCCAGCAUCCGAGAAGCGCCCCAGCGCGCACCAGACAUCAACAGAGCCCCGCCGAAAAUCCAUAGCCUCGUCAGAGGACUCAACGACCAAAUCACGGCGCCGCGGUCAUGGCUCCCUCCCAUCCUCACGCCGGACGUCUUGCACCAUCGUCGACCCCUCCCGACCAGCCCGCCACUACAGGAUCAAAAGCUCGCAGACUUGUCCUACGCUAAACCGCGAAAUUGACGACGUGCUCGCCCUUCAUUUCCGCAGCUGCAGCCUCUUCUCCAACCCCGCAUAUAGUUCCAAUCUCCCCAGCCCCACCAUUUCCGGAUAUAGGGGUGCAAAUACGGACUUCGGCUCGAUGCGAGUCGAUCCGCCACCACCUGCGCCACAGGCCAGCCAGGACGGCAUCGAGUCCUUGUCACCAAAGGAAAGCGAGGAGGCGGUGGCGACGCCUGAAGUGGCGAAUACGCUGCAUUGGAUUUCGCCCAGCACAAGGAAAAUGCAAUACGAAAAGAUUGAUAGAGCGAACAGUGGGUUGAGAGGUUUUGCGAAGAGGAUUGUGCCGAGGUGUGUUUCGGGGCAUCAACCACAGCGGUUCUAUGAGAAGGACAGGUCGGAUGUUGGGUCUGUCCGCCGGUAUCGGAUGGAUGUCUCGGAUGACGAGGAAGUAGACGAGAAGAGUGCCUUGCGGCUGCAAAGCCGCAAGGUGGAGCGAUCGAGACCGGAACAGAAGAACGAUAAUGCGAAGAGGAAGAAGUGGGGUUGCUUCUGA